AUGCUCAGUACUAUCUCAAGAAAGGGACUGGGUGGUCUUUCGAGAGUGAUCAGUUCCUCGCAUUCUACGGGCUUGGCGAUUCGACAUGCAUCAUUAAACUCAGCAAUUGGGGAGGGGAUCCGCCGAGAUAAUCGUCGCGGCAACAGUUUGCCUAAACGCGAAGGACAAUACGAGGGGCAAUACGGAGCACGACAAUACGAGAGAUCAAGUACAUCUGGUUUCAAUGACCGUCAAACAAACGGAGCACGACAGUACGGAAAGCAAAAAUACGAUAGAUCAGAUCAAUCCCACUUCAGUGACCGUCGGACAUAUGGAGCGCGACAGCAUGGAGACCAGAAGCCCCAGAGAUCAGGAUUGAAAUCCACUGUUAAUCGAAACUACGGCCAGGGUGAGCGAGAAUACGGAGCGAAGAAGACCUGGCCAUCAGACGGUGCAGGUCGUAAAGACUAUGAUCGCCGACAAUCACCAUGGAACGACAACUUCAAAUCCACACGACCAAGCCAAAAGGAAGAAAAGUUUGAAUUCGACGAGGAUGAGUUCAUCCGCUCUGGGGAUUUCCGAGGACUCCCUCGUGAGCAUCAAUCACGGUUCCAAUCACGGUUCCAAUCGCGAACACAAGACGGUCCAUUCGCACAGUCGGGACGGGGAAGGCCUGCAAUGGAUGAACCGCGGGAGAAGGAGCCAGCAAGACCUAGAGCUCACAGGGUCACGCACAGCAUGCCAGAGCGUGUGAAGGACAACGUCAAAGUGCCCGAUACAAUCCCCUACACUACACCGGCAUCUGAGUUCAUUUACGGGACCAGUGCCGUGGAGGCGGCGCUACGCUGCAGUCGGCGUCAACUAUACAAGCUGUAUAUUUAUCAGAGCACGGAGGAGGAGCUAAGCGCAGCAAAGGUUACAAUCCGCAAACUGGCAUUGUCAAAGAACGUUGCCGUAAAAAUGGCAUUUGCGGGAUGGGAUCGGCUUAUGGAUAAGAUGAGUGCUGGGCGACCUCACAAUGGAUGCAUUUUGGAGGCAUCCCCUUUGCCAAAAUUGCCGGUGCGCGGCCUGCAGGCUGUCCCAUCUAUAUCCGAGGAGUAUUUCCGGACGGAGCUUGCGCCACAAACCCGGGAAGAAGCUGCGGUAAAUGGCACCGAUGAUCGUAUCCAGAUCCAUCAUCCUUCCCCUCCCCCGCAUGAAACUGAACAACGCCAUCGAUAUCCCAUUGUUCUGCUAUUGGACGGAGUGGUCGAUACCGGUAAUAUGGGUGCCAUCAUCCGCUCAUCCUAUUUCCUGGGUGUUGAUGCAAUUGUUCUAGCUGGGCGCAACUCCGCACCAUUGUCUCCUAUCACGAUCAAAUCUUCUGCUGGUGCAGCAGAGAAUAUGCCUGUUCUUCACGUGAAAAAUGAAGUUGAUUUCAUUCAGCGAUCCCAACAGAACGGGUGGCGGUUCUAUGCUGCAGAUGCACCACUUCCUGGGUCCGUGCACUUGGAUCACAUGCCAGCCGACGGUGAUCAAAGCGGGGCCAAAUUGCCCAUCACUACUGCGCCCAGUGUGAUAAUGAUGGGCAGUGAGGCUACCGGAUUGAGCUCGCAUAUCAAGUCGCAUGCAAACGCAAUCAUCAGUAUUCCAGGUGCACGUCAAAGUUCCAUUCUGGGCGUUGAAUCGGAUCCUGCCCGCAUCGAUAGUCUGAAUGUGAGUGUCGCCGCCGCGCUACUGAUGGAGAAGUUCCUGCGAACCCCAAUUACUGUGGGUGAGAUCGUUAAGAAAGAAAAGAACGUGGAAAAGAACAUGGGAAAGGAGAAAAUGUGGUAA